AUGUAAGGAGGGAUGGAUGAUACUUAAGAUAAAUAAUAAGGAGAUCAAGAUUUGAAUAAUGAAGAAAAACAUAUUUUAGAAUAAAAAUGUAUAAAGCAUUUAAAAUAUUGA